AUGAGCAAGCAGCUUGUUACUGUAUUAGCCAAUAACCACCACAGAAAACUUGAAUGUUGUUGGUGUGUGAAACAGGGCAGAUCAGGUGAGGUUUGUCAGCAAGGCGAUACUCUUGACAAUCUCAGACCGACGCCAAGCAGGGCGUCGAGCAGGCGUGCUCCGCCGGUGAGUCGCUCUAGAAGGAGCUUGAGGAGAUGGGUGUGCCGGUGUGUCAAGAUCUGUCGCUGGUGUGCUGUACAGAACUGGGCUUUACACAACUGGGUGUUUUCAGGUAGUCCAUCAGAGGAGCAGCUCUUCCAUGGGGUCCAGCAGCGUUUCCAGUCGCAGGUAUACGUAUUGUCUGAAACUAUGUACUCCUCCUUGCGACGAGCCAGACGACAAGAGCAAAGGCUCCCCCUUGCAAGCUCGACGGCAGCGGCGGCAUCUUCUUCGCAGCAGUACGAAGAGAUCACAAUCUUACUAAGAUCCUGUUCCUGGGCGGGUUAGUGGCCGUCGACCACAACCACCACCACCAGUAGCCGGCGGCCGAAGUGGACCAGCACGGCGGCCGAAUCGGGGGCGAAGUGGACCAGCGCUGCGGCGGUGGGCGGCAGAAUUGGGGGCAAAUUGGACCAGCGUGGCGGCGGUGGACGGCGGAAUCGGGGGCAAAGUGGACCAGCGCAACGGCGGUGGGUGGCGGAGGCCCUACUCGUGGGUGGGCAGCGGAGGUCCUCCUGGGCGGGCUCGUCGGCGGCGCAGGGCCUGUUGUGGGCGGCCUCCUGGGCGGGCUCGACGGCAGAGCAGGACCUGCUCGGGCAACGGGCGGCUGGCCAUGGCGCCGCGCGGGCGACGGACGGAGGAGGAAGAACGAGAUGAGGACUAAUUUGUCUGAGCUUUAGAAGUUCAAGGGCUUUUCCGUAAAAACAUCACUGUACUGCGCGUGCGACAUGUUUUUCGGGACGGAGG